UCCUUACUGAUAUCUCGUCUUACAUCUCUUUCAAGAGUAGUUUUUUUUUUAAAGCAGUAUCAUAAUUUGGGAGUCAGCUUCCUUAUUUCCCUUCGCUAUCAGCUCUAUAUAAGCGCUUCCUUUCUUGAGAAGUCUCACUUCUCUCCGGUUGGGAAUCUCUAUUUGUAAAAGCUCUCUUCUUUUUUUUUCAGUGGAUUAUUAGACCCUUUUUUGCCAAUGGACAACUUGGCAUUUGAAAUGCAGGAAGAUGGGACACAGAAAGCCUCCUCUAUGGGAAAGAUUGGUCCCCUCUCCAACAUGGAAAAGAAGAGGCGAUGGUCGCUGGUGAGCGUAUUCCUACUGUGUCUGCUCGCCUGCUUCAUCACCUCUACAAUAGGAGUGCUUACUCUCUCCCUGGUUUAUGUCAACUCCAAGCCUCACUUCGAGCAGAAAACCUCAACUGCGCCGACAGCAGUUUCCCAAGUACAGAAGGCUGUUGAUCCGAAAUUUCAGUUUCUUAACCACUUACCCAAAUCCAAGGUGUUCGAGUUCCCUGGCGGUGCAAUCCAGUGGGCUCGGUACAGGAACAACAUCAAAGACUAUCUCAGUGAGGAAGAAGAGGCAUUUGGUACCAGCUUGAACAGUCUGAGGUCACAGAUGACUCUGGGCACGCUGAGAAUAAAGAGCAAGGGUCUCCGGGCUCCUCACUGGCACUUCAACGCCAACGAACAUGGCUAUCUCGUGCAGGGGACGGCCUGGAUCGGAGUGGUUGAUGAUGGUGGUGAGAUUGCUACCACAUACAAUGUCACAGCUGGCCAAGUGAUCUUCUUUCCUAAAAAUACGCUACAUUGGAUAAAGAACGUGGGCGAUGAUGACUGUUUCUUCUUACUCUUCUUUUCUACCCACGAUGAGUUACAGACUCUAAAUGUUGAUGAUGUGUUCUUUUCUACACCUGAAGACAUUGCUUCCAGAUCACUUAAGCCCAAAGGUGGAGUUAAUUUCAUUAGAAAAUUCCAGAAGCAAACCGAGGAUCAGGGGAUCAACCUUCCUCCCAACUUGGCAGAAUUAGUCAUGAACGCUAGCUAUGUACAGUCUCCUGACAGUCUUACAUGGAGAUACUUUUUUGACCUUAAAGGUUCAAAAGAAUAUAAGUUUCCGGGAGGAGUCAUCCAGCGAGCACAGUACUGGAAGAAUGGAAGUGAACUAAGCAACAAUGAGAGAAUCUUCAGUGAAUUUCUACAUCAGCAUGAAAAUGCCCUCGCCUUGAAUACACUCAGGAUUUAUAAUAAUGGAUUAAGACAGCCACAUUUUCAUUUCAAUGCAAAUGAAAUGGGAUACGUAGUGAGCGGAUGUGGAAAGGUGGGCCUCACCGAUGCUCAAAGAACCAUAGAGUUUAAUAUUCACAUUGGAGAUGUGGUGUUUUUCCCUAUUGGAACCCAGCAUUACAUCAAGAACACAUGUGAUGAAGACUUGCUCUUCGUUCUUGCCUUCAGCACUGGAGAUCAGGUGCAAACUCUCGACAUGGAUGACUAUCUCCAGGCCACCUCAGACCAUAUUUUGGCCCAGCUUUUCUUCAGGAAGCAAAGUGAGUUUAAGGAGAUUCCCAGGUUCCCAGAGGACCAGGCCAUCAACCUGCCUUAAAUUACUGCUGAGUUCAUAUCAACUGUUCUUUGCCAGUUGUCAAUAAAGAAAGGCCAUUUGCUAAGGAAGUGGGGCUGGUUACAAAAUGAGGAGAGGGCAAGUGGCCCUAGGCUCCCCAGUGUGCGCAUCUGAGCGUGGGAAGUUGUGCUGAUGAAACAUUUCAGACUCAGGUGUCUGGAGUAACCGAUAAAUUGUCAUUUUAAUGAAUAUAUAUGUAUAUAUGUAUAUAUAUGUGUAUAUAUGACUUGUUACUUCAAAUGUAUUGUGUAAGCAUUUUAUACACAAAUUUACAUAUGUAUUAUAGUUACACAGUUACUAUGUAACUAAGUAUCAUUCAUUAUUCAUCACUGUGGGAGUCAGAAAAGAGACUGGUUUAUAUCUGUACAUAUUGAGACACUGUAAUCCAAGUUCACUAGACUAUGUCUGAGGAGUUCAGUACCAUGCCUUAAAUGGGAGAUUCUCAAUCCUUUGUGGUAUGAAAUAGUUUUGGUAAUGUCAUCAUUUUAAGACAUUCAGUCAUGCUAGUAAUUGUAUACUUAUUUUCUAUCACCAUAGAAAAUAUCCAAUGACAAAACAAUUACGAACUAAACACUCUUUUUGAAUGUAUUCAGAUUUGGUUGGCAACCUCACCAUCUGUGUACGUUUUAGAAAGUUUUCCCCAUGUUUGAAAAAGUGUCUGAUGCUAGUGUUGGCUGUGGAUAAAGGUCCCCGGACACCUUAUCAUCUUUCUGAAGCUGCUUGGCGCUGGUGCCCUCUUCAAUUAUUUAAAUAAAGAAUUAGUUUAUAAGCGUAUUUCAUCUGUACUUUAAUUCUGUUUGGAACUUAUUUCGGCAGACAUACUAGUCAGUACCAUCAGUGAGCGCCCUCACGGAGCUGCUCUAUAAAACGUUCUUAAGGAGAAGGGCUGCUCUUCACAUCCUCCUUUGUCAUUACCCUAAUACAUAAUGCAAAUGACGAUUUGUUUUUCUAGGCUCCAGAGAAUCUGUUCUCUCUCUCUCUCUCUCUCUCUCUCUCUCUCUCUCUCUCUCUCUCUCAAUGACUGGUGCAGGAGAAUACAGCGAGAGCUUUUUAACAGGGUUAGGUGGCCAACUACCGAAGGGCUUUAGGAACAUGAUGACAGCUUGCCUCUAAUCUUGGUUGUUUAUUAACUCAUUCAUCUGUGUAAGGUAAGCACUGUGAGACCAAUCAUGAAUGAACGAACUAUAUAAAGUAUAUUGAUAUUUAUAUUAGAGAGACGCCAUCUACCGAGGUAGGCUUGAAAACGGACAGUGCAAAGCGUGGCAACACUGACAACAGCAGCCACUCACUAUGAUAGGUGACAAGUGUGUGGCCACUCACUAUGAGAGGUGAUAAGUGUGUGCACACAAGCUACGUGAGGAUAUGCACACUCAUCCAAGCAUAAGCAAAACAGUAAUCCCAGCUCUAGGGAAGCCAGAGGGUGGGAAGGAUGGAGCUUGCGGAGAUUUUUCUGAAGUCGAUCUAGGUGAGGACGAACCGUUAGGCACAACAUUAAAAGGAAGAUGGGAUCUGUGAGCGGGAAAGCAAUUCUAGAAGGAAGAUUGAAGGAGUUGUUAAGAAUAUGGAAGAAUGAUCGUUGUGGGUGGAGGGGAGGGCCAGUGACGAGAGAUGACAUAAGAACGGACCCUUCGGAUAGAGAAGAUGUUAGCAUCCCUUAGAGCCACAUCGCUUUGCUUUUCCUUUAUUGCUUUUCCCACCCGAGGUUAGAGCUUGGUGGGAAGGAGAGGCUUAAUGGUGCUUGGGAGCAGAGGUAAUGUUGAGAGGAUUUAGGGAACAGCACAAGGGUGUAGCAAUGGAAGAGGAUGUCCAAACAGAUGUAUUGUUUUGGUUAUCAGUAACUCCUAUGCGGGUGUUUGUUUCAUGUAAAAGGUCUCCUGAUUGUUUCAGUGGCUCUCCUUACUGACGAAGUCUGAGGGUCAUAGAGACAGAAAACAAUGUGUGUACAUAGCUUUUAUCUGCAAAUUUGUUGGGAGCUAGGCCCUUAAAACCCUCCAUUAUUGAUGUUAAUAUUAUAGUUAGAGUUAAGUAUGACUGGGUUCAUUAAGAGGUCAGGACAUUAGCCAGCUGCAGAAGGCUAAUACACAUCUGGUGGUCAGGAUGCCUAAUGAUAUGACAAACUUGUGACCUUUCUGAGAAACCAACAUCCUGUUGACGUCAGCCGAUUGCCUGACCGCAGGCGCGCAGUGUCCUUGGCUUGCAUGAAUGUUUCCCACUUCCCCCCUCCCUCUGUUACCUCUGCUAUGGUAUAAAUUCAGC